GACUGGACCGCAGUGGCGGAGGCGCAGCGGAGAAUCACAGCAGCCACUGCGCUCAUGGCAUCGAGGAGAAUGGAGACCAAACCAGUGAUAACCUGCCUCAAAACUCUCCUUAUCGUCUAUUCUUUCGUCUUCUGGAUCACAGGGGCGAUCCUAUUGGCAGUGGGAUUAUGGGGGAAGUUCAUUCUGGGUCCGUAUAUCUCACUGAUAGCUGAAAACUCAACCAACGCUCCGUACGUGCUCAUCGGAACUGGAACCACCAUCAUUGUUUUCGGGCUGUUUGGAUGUUUCGCCACCUGUCGUGGAAGUCCAUGGAUGCUCAAGCUGUAUGCAAUGUUCCUGUCUCUGGUCUUCCUGGCAGAGCUGGUCGCUGGCAUCUCGGGUUUUGUUUUUCGUCACGAGAUCAAAGGCACCUUCUUGAGAACGUACAAUGAAGCCGUUCAAAACUAUAACGCCAAGGAUGAGAAAAGCCUUGCGGUGGACAAUGUCCAGAAGAGUUUGCGUUGUUGUGGAGUUUUGAACUACACCAGCUGGUUUUCCAGUGUUUAUUUCCCUACCAAUGGAAUUCCACCCAGCUGCUGUGCUAACAAAUCCGACUGUAACUCCGGAGACCUGCGGAACGCCACCAUAGCGCCCGGCAAAGUCUAUCAGCAGGGAUGCUAUGAGCUGGUGACGACCUUUAUCGAAACGAACAUGGGCAUUAUUGCCGGAGUAACGUUUGGAAUCGCGUUUUCCCAGCUGAUCGGGAUGCUGCUGGCCUGCUGUCUGUCACGAUUCAUCACUGCCAAUCAGUAUGAGAUGGUGUAGCGGUGUGAGCACAGGCAAAGAAGAAGCACGACCCUUGGAAAGGGAAAGCAUCCCCAAAGCACACUCCAUUUUUUUUCAUUUCUGUCUCUUUUGAUGAAUAUUUUCUCUCAAUCUGUCUAUUCUGGCCUCCUUUUUCUCAUUUUUCGGGUAGUGCAUCAUUCCUCAGUCGUGCAGUUGUGCCAUGACCGAAGCCUCUCCUUUCCUAACUGUAGGCGAGGAAUAGCAAACGGUUUUGGGACGCACUACUGCAUACUCCGUAUGAAACCUUGCAUGCAGAAACCAUCUCAUGCCACAGACUAAA